AUGGGAGUUGAAACAUUCUUUGAUUUAUUUAGCUGCCAUAUCCCUGCUGCUGGAAAAACUUAUAAUAAAGCUGGACAAUCUUUGCCCAUUAUCCCUCGAGUGAAGUCAUUGGAGACUGAAGAAGAUGCCACAGAAGAGAGUAGUACCCAGAGGAAGUUAAAACGGAGAACGCAAAUAUGCAGUCAAAGAACUAGGAAAUCUUCCAGAUUACUUCAUGUUCAUGUUGGUCAGAGUUUAGCCCAUGAUCAAGAUGCAAAUGACAUAAUUGAUUUAUGUCUUGUGGACAAUGAAGGGAUAUCUGGAGAGACAUAUCCCAAUGUGAUUAUUGUUUUAGAGAAUUUUGAUGACUAUGUUGAUAAUUUGGAGGACAUGCUUGUUAUGCCUCAUUCUGAGAAUUCACAAGAUCAUGCUCCUGCUACCGAUAAUCAAACAAUAGAAUCAGCAAAAUUAAAGUUGAUGGAAGAAAUUCCCUUAGCCAGUGUGGCUUUCCAUGAGGCCAAGGGGAACAUUAAAAAGGCAGACAUAUUUUUAGUUGACUUAGAGGCCAAAAAACACACAAUCCAAGAAAUUGACGAUCAGAUUCAGCAAUUUCAAUCAAAACGGAAGGAGAUAUGUGGUGCUCUAGAAAGCAUGGAAGAGCGUAAAGUUGAGCUGACUUGUGGAGAAAGUGUUGUUAACUCAAUUCUGACCCUUGUUGGGGAGAUUCAGCUUGGAAUGUCUGAAAAAUCAAAAUCGGAGCAAAAGAAAGCCAACUCUGCACAGUGUAUACCUGAGAUACCAGAAAAGUUCAUCACUUGA